AUGGACGCGGAGUUCAGUAUCGCGCGCGAGUGGCAUAUGACGGUGGGUUUGCUGGUGAACGCUUCUGGUUCCAAGUGGCGUCAUCCGCUUGUGGUGUUGAGGCGAGAUGAUGGCAGGGCCGUACACAAUGGGCGGCAUCGUGAGCAUAGUGUCAUGGUGCGCUACGCAAAGAACGGACGCAUGUCCUCUGAGUCGGAAACAGUUGCCAGGUUUGCGGCGCAGAAUCUGCUGAGUGUCAAGGUGGUGCAGCUUUAUGGCGGGCCCCCCCGGUGCAGCAUCCCGUCGACGACCAGGGUGGUGGACACGGUCAAGGCAAUACACCGAUACUGGUUCAUGAAGGACGCCAUGGACAGCAACGAGUGGAAGAAGAAGGGGGAGGUACCGCGACCGUCACUUCCCGACGUGCUGAAGAGGCUGGAACUGGCGUGCAAAUUGACGUCGUCGACGGCUAUUCAGAGGAGCUGGUGGCGCGCGGGUUGUGUGCCGACGGCGUGGGUGUUGCUGAUGAAGCGCCUGGAUGGCGCCGGCACGGCUUUGAUGUUCGAGCCCAUUGUCAGCGAGCUGACAAUGCUGCAGAUGGCUAUUGAGAAUUUUAAGAGGGCCCCUGGUAUGUAUAUGACUUCGUGGGAUUUUGUGGGCUGCGACGAGGACCUGCUCAUGAAGUGGGGCGUGAUUAAGUUGGAGGAUGAGGAGGACGAGGAGGAUGAAGACGAGAUACCAGCGUAUUUUUGUAUCCCUGAAGGGCCACUGUAUCGGGACGUUCGCAGCCGGCGAAGGGUCGUGCGGAUGGUGGCGGGCGAGUACAGUUAG